AUGUUUCAGAACCUUAUUUUCAGAUACCUUCAAAAUCGCUCACGAAUCCAGGUUUGGCUGUAUGAGCAAGUGAACAUGCGGAUAGAGGGCUGCAUUAUUGGUUUUGAUGAGUACAUGAACCUGGUUCUAGAUGAUUCUGAAGAAAUCCACAUGAAGACUAAGAGCCGAAAACCACUCGGGAGGAUCAUGUUGAAAGGAGACAACAUUACUCUGCUGCAAAGUGUGUCCAACUAGAGACAGUAGAGAUGUCCACAAGCCUACUUUUUCCUAUAAACAUGUUUUUUUUUUCUUUCUAUUUUUAAGUUGACCAUGCUUAUGUUUAAAUGCUUUUUUUCUCUCUGCAACAU